UGGGGGUGGCUGGUCAGGGUUCCGCCGCCUCCGACCAAAAAGAAAACGCAAGCGGACGACAAGUUUUUCGUGGUCGUGAAGGAACCGGACAUGUUAUGUUGGCAGUGUCUCGCCGACAUGACCGAUGUCGAGAAACUGUCGAUCCUCGACGACAUUCUCGCACUAAGGGGAGUGUUCGUGCAAUCGGCGGGCGGGCAUCUGAAACGACAACAUAAGCCUGGAAUUAAAAACAUGGUCGCGAAGAGGAAAGUGGACCGCAUGAUGGUCCGCAUAUUCCACUACAUCUUGUUCCUUGAAACGGAGGAGGACGAAGGGGUUUGGAGCUACGGGAGCCCUUUUUUCCGGACCGAGGGGCAGCUUCUGGCGGAGUUCGGGCCGCAGGGACUCACGAAACAGGUGUGGGUCGAACUGCGAAAGCAUUUCCAGGGCGCGGUGGAGUACGUGAACACUUACAAACGUACUCUUCCGCACGAGAAGGAGUCCCUCGACGACACGAAGAGAAUGUACGAGGAUGACAGGUUCCCAAAAUCUUUCGAAAAGUCCGUCCGUUCCAUCUUACGAUGGAUGGAAGAAGAAGUUCGAGACACGAUCAGGGUCAGCGGGGAUGUGAGGCACGUCAAAUGGGACAAGGCCAACCCGGUAACCAGCCUUGUUCCUUUCUGUUGCAUGUCGUCCCAAGCUCACAGUCGUCUCGCUGAGAUCCGCGAGAUUGUGCGACAUUACGUGUGCAACCUGUACGUCCUCAAUUUGUGUGAUCCCACACUCCUCACAGACUGGCGAGAAGACGAUUUCGCAAACUUGCAAGGCGUUCUCCAAACACUGUCGCCAACGCACAGGGCACUUGUAAUCUUCUUCCCCUCUCGUUGGGAGCUCAGUUUCUUGAAAGGCAUGGCCAGGCUUAGCGUCCAUCAUGUCAGGACAGGGAAGUGGGUGCGCCAUGCACAAAGGCAGGCCACUAUCCGGGAAGGCAAUAUGUUGGUUGAGGAGUGUGAUCGCCUGUACGUGAUUUUCAAUGGCGAGAGCCUGGCAGACAACACAGUCUCAGUCUUCCCGGUCAGUAGCCCGACAAAGGCUCCCCGUGCUCAUGGUCCAAGUCCGGGCAAACACGCGGUGGCGGCCCGCUCGAAAGCUGUUUGUUCGUCGGACCCAUCAGGACAGGCUCUGGCGUGUUUCGACGUGGCGGACGACGACAGGUUCCCUCGUAGCCUGUGGGAGGACGGCAACGUGACAAGUGUUCGUGGACCUACUUACGGGGACGAGGAGCGGAAACCGUCCCACCUACUUGGUCUACUCGAAAACUUUUACAGAGUUGGGCAAACUAUUUUUUUCUUUGGGAAGGCGCAUGCGUCUGUCGUGUGGGAGUUCCUACGCAACGGUCGGAACGUCGUCGCGUUGGAGGACAAGGCGAACAUGAUCGAUUACCUUAACGAGUUCGUGAAGACACGCGUGGCAGACACUCGCAAUUAUUGCUCUUUUGUGCUGACCACUGGCGAACGGAACUUGGAUCCCAAACGUGAUAUGUAUUGGAAAUUGUCGGGGAACAAAAGGACGGAGGUUUGGGACUUCCUUUUCCAACCCGGGCCGCCUGCUCAGACCGACCUCGAAUACAGUCGACGGAGAAACCUGGUGUUCGGUGUGCUGAAUGGGUACCACGAUACACCCAGGGAAUCUGUCUCGAAUUUCCUGAGAAGGCUGGAGCACGUUUACUUCUUGAUGGCCGAACCGCUCACCCUCGAAAACUACAAGGCGCAGUUUGACGAGGAGGACCCUUUCGAUGCUGAAGACAUGGAGGAGCUGAGCGACUUCGAAACCUUCGAUUUCGAGUCCAUGUCACUUCCUCGGGUGGUUGGACAGUGGGUCAUGGCAAUGAAGGAAGCCGAUGGCAAGUGGAGUGUAAUGAACAGACUGGGAGCGGGUCUAUUUAAGAAAAAGGCGAGAGGUGCUCUGGUGGAGCAUUUGAGGGUUAUGAACCCCGACAGGAGCCUGCCGGACGUCGAUGCGAAUGCAGUCCAAAAGCUAGAUGAGUUGUACGCCAAGAAAAUGUUGGAGUUUCGAGCGCCUUUCUACGCACUGGAGACGACACCGUCUCAUGGCAUUGACUGGCGCAUGCCGCAACCUCCGUCGGCCGGUCAGCAUCCGGGAAGCAGUGAAGGAGGAGACGAAGGAGACGGCGGAGGUGAUGGAGGAGACGGCUCACGAUUUGCCGGACAGGGAACGGGCGAAACAUCGUCGGGAGAAAAGGCGUCCGGCGGAAAGGGGUCGGCUGGAAAGGGGUCGAGCGGAAAAGGAUCAGGCGGGAAGGGGUCGGGCGGGAAGGGGUCGGGCGGGAAGGGGUCGGGCGGGAAGGGGUCGGGCGGAAAGCGUAGAACGUCCGGGAGUCCCCAGUAUAGGGAAACUAACAGCCACUGCGUAGAGAGUCGAGAUUCCGACAUGCGAGACGUGGCCACCCUGAGGUCUGAUCAAGUGCGAGUAGAUUCGCACUUGUCUGCGAGGACUUUGUUUCCCGAUGUCGGGGAGAGUCUAUCCCACCGUGCGCAACAGAGGUCUCCUGUGCACAACACCUUGCUCCUGGAAGAGGGCGAACACUGGCGGUCUCGCGACGUGCUGGAGGGGCCCGCUGCAGGAGUGUUGGAGACCGGGGCUGGCAAGUACGAACAUCAUGCUUCGGAGGGUGUACCAGUCGACAUUGACGGCAAGAGUACAGCGGCUCCUGGGGAAGAGGAGCGCUCUCCGGGAGCGCAUGCUGUACAGCGGGAAGAGGAGACUCAACACUGGCAGUCUCGCAAAGUCUUGGAGACCGGGGGUACCGAGUAUGAAAGUCAUGCUUCGGAGGGUGCGUCCGUGGACACUGACAGCAAGAGUACAACAGCUCCGGGGGAAACGCAUGCUCUGCAGUGGGAAGAGGAGACUCAACAUUGGCCGGCUCGCGAAGUCGUGAAGGGGCUCGACGCAGGAGAGCUAGUGAUCGAGACGUCCGAAGAGGUUCUGCACAGUGGUUCGGCUGUGGCCACGACGCGAGAGGGUGUAGUUAAGGGAGGUCAGUGGACGUUCGUGGAAGCUCGCCUUCUUGGCGAUGAGAAAGGCGAAGAAGAACCCGUGGUGGAGGCACGGGUUCAUGGUGAUGAGAAAGGCGGACAAACCGUGGUGGAAGGCGGUAAGGUGACGGUUGGCAUCCAGCUGGAUCCACAGCGGAAAGAUGAUGAUUCUUCGCCCACCCGUUGCGGUGAAGAACAGGGUGAUCGAGCGUCUGCCCUCAGUACCGAUCGGGAAAUGGUACUUCAUGAAGCCAUCGACUUGGGAAACGACUCGACUGCCACCGAACUGGUUAGCGACUCAGGUGUGGCCGAGGUGCAGAACUUCGAAUCCUCCGUGGAAGGCGGUGAGGUGGUCGUCAGCAUCAAGAUGGAUCCAGAGCAGAAAGAUCAUGAUUCGUCGUCCACCCGUUGCGGUGCAGAACAGGGUGAUCGAGUGUCUGUCCUCAAUGCCGGUCGCGAAAUGCUGCUUCACGAAGCCAUCGACUUGCCUAGCGACUCAGCUGCCACCGAGCUGGUUAGCGACACAGCCGUGGCCGAGGUGCAGAACGUCGAAUCCUCCGUGAACGUUGGCGCAAUGGCGCGACAGGAGGGCGAUUUCCCUCAAAGGACUCCCGAGCACGGUAAGAAUUGUGAAUAGGAGCACUCACAUAUCUGUCACUAGCCAGCUCAGUGUUCGUCCAAACUGAUGUGAUGGGCUCAUAUACCUAU